AUGAGAAGUUUCACCAGAAGGGGUACCUUUUUUAAGUACUACGACAGGGGAAAACUCUCAUUCAGAAGUAGCUAUUUUACAGAGAAAAAACAAUUUCUCUUUCACCUCCUUUUUAUUUCUCUAAAUUCCUAUUUAGUAAAAAAAUAUUUAUUUUCCAAUACGUCGACCGUUUUUCAUUUGGAGGGGAAAGGGGCAGACGCCUACUUGGAAAAAAAGUACAAAUCCGACAAACCCUACAUUAAAACGGACAGCGGAAUUCUCUAUAAGGACCUCAUCGACGGAGAAGGGGACCCCAUUGAAGAGGGCGAUAUCGUGUAUAUUCACUACCAGGGAAAAACGACGAACGAUUUUCGCAUAAUUCACUCAACCUUUAAUAGCAUAAUUCCACCCAAGAUCAAAGCUGGGCAAUACGAUAAAAAGCACAUACGGGCCAUCUACGAGAUUGUCAUUGGCAUGAAGAAGCACACAAGACGGCAGUGCAUCGUUCCCCCACAUUUGGCGUACCCCAAUCAUUUUCCUAGCCAGCCGCUCCUUUACGAAAUCGACGUUGUAAAAGUUAUAAAAAAAAAUUCUCAGGGAAAGACAUUUAUCGAAAAUUUUGAGAAAAAAAUUGACCAAAUAAAGUCCUUCAUAUCGUCUUAUUUUUAA